AUGUCUUUAAAACAGGAAAUCGAGGUUUGGGUCGCUGCUCUGGGUAGCUACGACAGCAAUGAAUUCGAUGAAGCUCUUAACGAGUUUGAGAAGGUCUCCGACACGUCCAAGAUCCUAUUCAACAUGGGUGUCAUACACGCAACCCUAGGCGAGCAUGAGAAAGCGGUGGAGUGCUACCAGCGGGCAAUUCGACUGGACCAGUAUCUGGCUGUAGCGUAUUUUCAACAAGGUGUCUCAAAUUUCCUCCUCGGCGAUUUUGAGGAGGCACUGGCGAACUUCAACGACACACUACUUUACCUGCGAGGAAAUACCAUGAUCGAUUACGCCCAACUAGGACUGUUAUUUAAGCUUUAUUCUUGUGAGGUCUUGUUCAACCGCGGCCUUUGUUACAUCUACCUGCAACAGAAAGAUGCUGGAAUGCAAGAUCUCUCGUACGCCGUAAAGGAAAAGGUGGUCGAGGACCACAACGUCAUUGACGAGGCAAUUCGCGAAGAAGCAGAGGGCUACACCGUUUUCUCCAUACCCGUCGGUGUCGUCUACAGGCCGAACGAAGCGAAGGUCCGCAAUCUGAAGACCAAGGACUAUCUCGGGAAGGCUCGCCUGGUCGCAGCUUCUGAUCGAGCGAAUGCCUUCACUGGAUUUGCUGGGUCAGAAAUCAAGAAUGCGGGGAAGCUGGACGUUAAAGACGAUCGUCCGGCCGACAAUAUUUCUUUUGCGGCAACCAACCUUGUAAAGACCGAUAUUCAGAGCCGACGGCUUCAAUCUGAGCCUCCCGUCGGUAGAAACGUCUUCCCACCAACACCACCCCCCGAAAAUGAUAAGCAGCAGUCGGCUGUGAUCAGCCGCGGUGCAUCGGUUCGCAACGGCCCCAAACCAAUGCCUUCCAAACUGAACAUCGACAAAGCUCGCCCGAAUGAACGCUUUGAAAAGGCAAUAUCUCCGCAAGAUAGACGACCUAGGCCACAGCGUUCCAAUUCAGCUACCCCGUCCCGUGGAUAUAGCCAGAGAGCGGUUCAAGCUCGACGGUCAGUCGAGGAGGAGGAUGCAUACCCAGACCAGUUGUAUGACAUGUACCAGGGCGCCGGGGGGUCGCGGGGGAGCCGUGGACAACAGAGCAGGCGGACACAGCCCCGGUAUAUUGAUGAGGACGACGAAGGUGGCAGCGACUAUGAUGGUGGCUCGUUUGACGAGGGCGACUUCGAGAUCGUUUCAAGCCGUCGACCGGGUACCAGCUCUGUCUCGGGCUCUUCUCUUAGACAAUCCAGAAGGCCGGAAAUACGGAAAAUCAGAGUCAAGGUUCACGCGGAAGAUGUGCGUUACAUCAUGAUCAACACGGCUGUUGAAUUUCCCGAUUUUGUCGACCAAAUUCGCGACAAGUUUGGCAUCCGUCGCCGCUUCAAGAUAAAGGUCCGCGACGACGACGACGCACCCAACAGUGAAAUGGUGACCAUGGGCGACCAAGAUGACCUAGACAUGGUAGUCAUGAGCGUGAAGUCUCUGGCCCGAAAGCAGAAAUUGGAUGUCGGGAAGAUGGAGGUUUGGGUUCAGGAGAUAUAG